GACCACCCAAUCUGACAUCGCAGCAUCGGAGGAGUAGAGUGUGUUGUGAAGAACCACGGAAUUUUACUUGGCGAGAUGAUGGGUGAUUCGAAUCCAAAGAAGAAGCGAAGAGUCUCAUUGUGUGUUGGGUGCGGGAACCAGAUUCAAGAUCAAUUUAUCCUACGAGUAGCACCGGACCUGGAGUGGCACGCGUCGUGUUUAAAGUGCACGGACUGCAACCAGUACCUUGAUGAGACGUGUACGUGUUUCGUGAGAGACAGCAAAACCUAUUGCAAACGUUGUUACGUCCGGCUAUUUGGGACCAAGUGUGCAAAAUGCAACCUGGGCUUCAGUAAAAAUGACUUCGUUAUGCGAGCUAGGAACAAAAUCUUCCAUAUAGACUGUUUUCGCUGCGUGGCUUGUAGUCGACAGCUCAUUCCAGGGGACGAAUUCGCCCUCAGAGACGACGGACUGUUUUGUAAAGCAGACCAUGACGUUGUCGAGCGUGCGUCGGGGGAAGUUAAUGGGAAUAAUAAUAAUAACAAUAACCACCGCACAUACAUGGCAAGCCAUGCGGAACCAAUGAACAACAACCGUAGCGGUUCUCUACGUCCACACGUACACAAGCAAGAGACACACCACAAAACAACGAGGGUUCGAACGGUGCUCAACGAAAAACAACUUCACACUUUGCGGACAUGUUACAAUGCAAACCCUCGGCCGGACGCUCUAAUGAAGGAACAGCUAACUGAAAUGACCAAUCUUAGUCCACGGGUUAUCAGAGUGUGGUUUCAGAAUAAACGUUGCAAGGACAAAAAAAGAAGCCAGGCGAUGAAGCUUAUGCAGGAACAACAACAAAAUAAGAAUAACCAACGGGUGCAAGGUUUCCAGGGUGUUCCGAUGGUAGCAUCAAGCCCGGUGCGGCACGAGGGUAACAUGCAGGCGAAUCCAGUGGAAGUUACCAGUUACCAACAACAACCACCCGCAUGGCAAGCGCUUAGUGAUUUCGCAUUGAAAAGUGAUAUAGAACAACCGGCGUUUCAACAGUUGGUGAAUUUCUCUGAACAAAAUCCACAAGGACCAAAUCAUGAGAAUACUCUUACACCCCCACCCGAGGACUCCUUGUCUAAUGGAGGGGAACCCCCCUCCACAAACUGUUUCUGCGGGGAGCGAUUGACAACCACCUUGCUCUGUGGGAUUAAGUGUGCCAUGCUACCACUCUCCGCGUCUCGUGAAAGGAAUUAGCUGAAAUGCAAUGCAUUCACCAUACCGUACUUCAAUGCCGGACUUGGGAAAUUCGCCGCCCGUCUGCUCGUCGCCAAUGGACCAUAACUCGCCAGAACUGCCAGGACGUAAGCUGGGACUUUUCUCAUUUUAACACAACAUCUUUAUAACACAUUAUUUUUCAUUAAAAAAAAACUCCCACAUGUUAACGUUGGUGAUAAGCGACAAUAAGGACGAUGACGCGAAAGCAGGUCGGGUCUGACGGUUUUAGAAGCAACUGAGCCUUUUAUACCCCUUCAAUGACAAAGGGUUCUCUGAGGAACGCAUUUUAUUGCUACCAUCUAUCGCAAGAAAUCACGAUCCGGAAUCACAUGGAUAGAACGCAUUUAACCCUGGGUGCGACUAUAAACCCAGCUUGGUGGUGUCAAUUAGACAUCUGGGGUUGGGAAGAUUCCAUUUAAUAGUAUGUACUGUAGAGUUAGUGGUUAUAUCCAACGAGUAUACUGGCAACUGGAGGCCAGACAAAAAUCGACUUCUGAAACUGUCCUGCCAGUUUCCAAAACCCAAUGGCUCAUCCAUUCUACAUCGUGGUGGUUCGGGGAGGCAAUCCAUCACUGUAUUUACUCUCUGUGUUUGGGCUGUCUUUGCAUGCCUGUAUGACCGACAACGUCCCAAACAACCUCAGACGAACAAAGUAUAUAUAAAAUGUCGGAAUACUAACAAGCUAUGGUGUAACUGAAAACCCGUAGUGAUAUUAGUAGACCAUAGACUAGGAGGCCUCGAGGCGCAGGCAGCCACAUUGGUAGGUGGACAACCGUUUAUGUGACUGAAAAGGAAAGUGGGAAAAUAAUUUAGUAGCGAUAUAUCCAGUGUUUGCGUUCAUCCAAAUGCAAUAUUUAGAAUGAAAAUAGGAAGACAAACAAAACUUGAUGCAAACUGCUGGUAUAUCAAUAUUGGUGUUCUGCCCUUUACCUGGAAUGGACUGCCCUGAGGACUCGGUUUUAUCGAAUUUUCUCAGCGUUUUGCAACUAUAUUGUCCCUAUUCUUUGAAAUUUGGAAUCGCACAACCAACUAGUUACUGUUACAUUUUAUAUUAUUUAUAAUAUGGACACGUCACAGAGAGACGCUUAUUGUGGCAGUGCUGUUAUAUUUUAUUCAAAAAACCACUGCACCGGACGUAAGACAUGUUUAGAUGAUGAAAGUUACGUUUUUUUAUAUAAAACUAUUAACUCACUUUGGGUGGGGUGAGAAACAUUGAGGCAGAUGAUACAAGAAUGUAACAACUCUUUUUGUAAUGAAGAUAAUAAUUAUCAGGAGCAAUCUUCUCCAACCUUUAAAAAUAAAUACAAAUAUAUUGUGAAACCGGAAUACGA